AUGUCAGUGCCCCUGCUGGGCAACUGGGCCUGCCACUCCUUCACAUCCCACGGCAACGUUCCCAUCAGCUCCCCUCUCAGCCACUCAGCCUCUUGGAGUUCAUCGCCUGGCCAGACUCACUCAGGAGACACCCAAAGCAACCAGACCACUGGCAUGCACACCAGCAUCAGCGAGAUCCUGAAGGAGAAGAGCCUAAAGCCAUCCCGCCGCAGUCUGCCCUGCCUGGCCCAAAGUCAAACCCAUCCCCUCAACCUCAACCACUUUUUGUCCGUACCUCUGAGCCCGGAGCCCAAAGCCCGAGUGGAGGUUCUGAGUCAGAGCAUCAGCACCUCCUGCAGCCUCCUGCCUCCACAGACAGCAGAGGAUGGCAAGGAUGACUACACGGAGGAGUCUGAGGCAACCGCAUGUGAAACCAGAAUAGACGGCUCACUUCUGCCCCGAAAACCUAGCACACGGGCCAGGCUUGAGGCCCGCAUCGAUUCCCUCAGGGGAAGAAACCCAUCAGAUGAAUCUGGGCUCUUUUUCCGCGAUGGUAAAAAGCGCAUCGACUACAUCCUGGUUUACAAGAAGUCCAGUCCACUGGUGGAGAAGAGGUGCACGUUCGAGAAGAAUUUACGUGCUCAGGGCUUAAUGCUGGAAAAGGAGCCUUCCUUGACAAACAAUGACAUCAUGUUUGUCAAAGUCCACACUCCCUGGGACACACUUUGUAAAUAUGCAGAGCAGAUGAACAUCCGGAUGCCUUUUAGGAAAAAAUCCCACUUUACAGACUGGAAAAGCAAAACCUUGGGCAGCCGCUUCCAUCUGAGAUGUCGUCAGAUCAAGAGCUGGUUUCCCAGAAAUCCCAUGAAGCUGGACAAAGAGGCAUUGCCUGACCUGGAGGAGACGGACUGCUACACUGCCCCCUUCAGUCGAGCACGCAUGCAUCACUUCACUAUAAACAACAGAGCGACCUUCUUCUCCAACUCGACCAGAAGCAGAAUAGUCCACCAUGUCCUGCAGCGCACAAAAUAUGAGGAUGGAAAGUUAAAAAUGGGUAUCAACCGGUUACUGGGCAACAACACGUACGAGGCGGCCUUUCCUCCACAUGAGGGAGGAUACAAGAGCAGGCAUCCUAUUAAGACGCAUGGUGCCCAGAACCACAGGCACCUGCUUUAUGAGCGGUGGGCCCGUUGGGGGAUGUGGUACAAGUACCAGCCUCUGGACCUCAUCAGGCGCUACUUUGGAGAGAAAAUCGGUCUUUACUUUGCAUGGUUGGGUUGGUAUACUGGCAUGUUGAUCCCCGCUGCUCUGGUCGGCGUCUUUGUCUUCCUCUAUGGACUCUUCACCAUGGACUCCAGCCAAGUCAGCAAAGAAAUUUGUGAAGCAAACACAACAAUGUGUCCAAUGUGUGAGGAGACGUGCAAGCCGUGGAAGCUGAGUGACAGCUGUGUCUAUGCAAAGGUGACCCAUCUUUUUGACAACGGUGGGACCGUUUUCUUCGCUAUCUUCAUGGCUAUUUGGGCCACUGUCUUCCUGGAGUUCUGGAAGAGAAGGAGGGCAGAAUUGACCUACGACUGGGAUCUCAUCGACUGGGAGGAGGAGGAGGAAGAGCUGCGGCCGCAGUUUGAAGCCAAAUAUUCUAGAAAGGAGAGAGUCAAUCCCAUAUCUGGCAAGCCUGAGCCUUUCCAGCCCUUCUCAGACAAACUCAGCCGGCUCAUGGUGUCUGUGUCCGGAAUAUUCUUCAUGAUUUCCCUGGUCCUGACCGCCGUGUUUGCCGUGGUGGUUUUCCGUCUCAUCGCCAUGGAGAAGUUUGCGUCGUUCAACUGGCAUUUUGUGAAAAAGAACUGGCAAUUUGCCACCUCUGGCACAGGCGUCUGCAUCAAUUUCAUGAUCAUCAUGUCUCUCAACGUGGUGUAUGAAAAGGUGGCCUAUCUGUUAACAAAUCUUGAGCACCCAAGGACAGAGUCUGAGUGGGAGAAUAGUUUUGCUCUCAAGAUGUUCCUCUUCCAGUUUGUAAACUUGAACAGCUCCACCUUCUACAUUGCAUUCUUCCUGGGAAGGUUUGCUGGCAGACCUGGAAAAUACAAUAAACUGUUUAAUCGGUGGCGACUGGAGGAGUGUCACCCAAGUGGCUGCUUGAUCGAUCUGUGCCUGCAAAUGGGUGUCAUCAUGUUUUUCAAACAAAUCUGGAAUAACUUCAUGGAGCUCGGUUAUCCGUUGCUGCAGAACUGGUGGUCUCGUAGGAAGAUGAAGAAAGGAGGCAGUGCUGGAGGGCCCAAUGUGGAGACUAAAAGUCAGCUACCUCAGUGGGAUAAAGACUGGAAUCUGCAGCCCAUGAACGCACACGGGCUAGUAGAUGAGUACCUUGAAAUGGUCCUCCAGUUUGGCUUUACCACUAUCUUCGUAGCCGCGUUCCCACUGGCUCCGCUUUUGGCUCUGCUCAACAACAUCAUCGAGAUCCGUCUGGAUGCGUACAAGUUUGUCACCCAGUGGCGAAGACCCAUGCCUGCCAGGGCCACAGACAUUGGUAUCUGGCACGGAAUCCUUGAAGGCAUUGGGGUCCUCGCCGUCAUCACCAACGCCUUCGUUAUUGCUAUCACCUCGGACUACAUCCCUCGCUUCGUGUAUGCCUUCAAAUACGGGCCCUGCAUGGACAGAGCGUACCGUCACGAUGAUGAGUGUUUGCGAGGCUACAUGAACAGCAGCCUGUCUGUGUUUGACAUGAGCGUACUAAAGAACAGCAGCGAGCCAGAGUACUGCAGGUACCGGGACUACAGAGCGCCACCUUGGAGCACGGUACCCUACGAGUUCACUCUGCAGUUCUGGCACGUUCUGGCUGCCAGACUGGCCUUCAUUAUCGUCUUUGAGCACCUGGUGUUUGGCAUCAAAUCCUUCAUCGCGUACCUCAUUCCGGACAUGCCCAAGGACCUGUGUGACCGAAUGCGCAGGGAGAAGUACCUCAUGCAGGAGAUGAUGUACGAGGCGGAGCUGGAGCACCUUCAGAAGGAGCGCAAGAAGAACGGACUGCGGUAUCACCACGAGUGGCCUUAA